AUGGGGCACGGAAAAAGAAGCGAAGAAAUCAAAAUGGACGGCGCGGAACCUUUGAGGUCAGCUGCGGCGAGAACAGUGUCCAGAUCGAUGCAUGGUGAUACUCCACAAUCGUUUACCCACCCAUCUUACACAUCCACGCAAGACAGUAACAAACAGCGAUCCUUGAGGAUAUCAGUCAGCUCUAACAGUUCAUAUUCCGACUCGGAUUCCGAUGAUGAUGUUUCGCCCAAAGAAAAAGAACAAGUCGCUUCAAAUGGAUUCAAGGAUUUCUGCGUCAAAAACAUUCGAUAUGCCACGAUUGGCCGGCGCGAAAUCGAAAUCGCCGAGCAAGAGAUGCCAGCUCUGAUCUCUCUUCGAAAACGAGCAUCGCAGGAUAAGCCACUCAAAGGCGCUCACAUCGUUGGAUGCACCCAUCUUACUGCCCAGGCAGCGGUGCUGAUAGAAACGCUGGUAAUGCUGGGCGCAAAGGUUCGCUGGUGCGCGUGCAACAUUUUUUCGUCGCAAAAUGAAGUGGCCGCGGCGUUGGCGGAAAAUGGAAUUCCGGUUUAUGCCUGGAAAGGAGAAGGAGAAUCGGACUUUUGGUGGUGUAUCGAAAAAUGCGUCGCCAGCCCGGGCUGGGAGCCGAACCUGAUCCUCGAUGAUGGUGGCGAUGCAACUCACUUCAUGCUCAAGUACCACCCUGCUUUGUUCAAGAAAAUCGUCGGAAUCGUUGAAGAAUCAGUAACUGGUGUUCAUCGACUCUAUCAACUCUCGAAAACUGGCAAGCUCUGUGUUCCGGCAAUGAAUGUCAAUGACAGUGUGACGAAACAAAAGUUCGACAAUUUGUACUCCUGCCGCGAGUCGAUUCUUGAUGGGUUAAAACGGACGACGGAUGUUAUGUUCGGAGGAAAAUCAGUUACAGUCUGCGGCUACGGCGAAGUCGGCAAGGGCUGUGCCGCCGCUCUCAAGGGAAUGGGCGCAAUUGUGACGGUCACGGAGAUCGACCCAAUUUGCGCACUCCAAGCUUGCAUGGACGGCUUUCGAGUCCAGACAAUCGAAGAUGUCGCGGAUACGUCGGAUGUGUUCAUCACCUGCACGGGCAAUCGAAACGUCAUCACGAGAAAACACAUGGACAAGAUGAAGAAUGGAGCUGUUGUGGCCAAUAUGGGACACAGCAAUACGGAAAUAGAAGUCAGCUCGCUGAAAACAAAAGACCUUGUUUGGGAAAAAGUCCGAUCGCAGGUCGAUCACAUUAUCUGGCAGGAUGGAAAACGCAUUGUUCUCCUAGCUGAAGGUCGUUUGCUCAACUACAGUUGCAGUUCUGUUCCGAGUUUUGUUCUUUCUGUUACUGCUUGUACCCAGGCUCUAGCUCUUAUUGAAAUGUUUAACGCGCCAGAAGGCCGCUACAAACAAGAUGUCUACUUGCUUCCGAAGAAAAUGGAUGAAUACGUUGCGUCUCUCCAUCUGCCCCAAUUUAACGCUCAUUUGACGGAAUUGUCCGACGACCAGGCGAAAUAUCUCGGCCUCCAGAAGUCCGGCCCCUUCAAGCCUGCUUAUUAUCGAUACUAG